AUGGCUGUGAUUUCGGGUGAAGAAAGGACAUUAUUGAGUCCAGAUAAGGUUUUGAAACAAGACGGUAAUUCAUCUCUUGAGGAUGACGAAAUCUCCCCUGAUAUCUUAAAUACAUUCUCAUGUUCGGGGAUUCCUGAUCAUAAAUUAACUUUGAAGGUUAAAGUACCGGUGAUGCUAUUGAGAAAUAUUGAUCAAUCAAGAUGUUUAUGCAACGGUAUGAGAUUACUUAUUACAAAGUCGGGGAAUCAUGUUGUUGAGGCAAUUGUUCUUACAGGAAACAAUAUAGGAGAUACUGUGUUAAUCCCUAGAAUGAAGAUCAGCCCAUCGGGUCAUACAUUUCCAAUUCAGUAUUCGAGGCACAAUCAGUAUAUUAUUCCCUUCUCAUUUUUCAGAGUCAAAGGUUUUUCAUUGUAA